GUCUACACACACAAGAGAGAGAGAGAGAGAGAGCCAGCGUUGACCAUGGGAUCCAUCGAUCAGACCUACGGGGUCUUCCGCUAUGUUGAAGCCGAUCUAUCCAUAAACGCGGAGGAUCGUGCCAUAUACGCGCCACCAGCGCCGAAACGGAUCCAAGAAGAGACUCUGCCUGUGCAUAACUUUUGGAUUUCAGACGAUGCCGCAAAGGGGAACGAAGGCCUCGAUGUACAAGCCUUCACUUAUAUUAAACACACUUCGGUCCUGUCCGGCGAUGAGUUCUUCGAAGGGACCAACUGCGAAGAUGUAUACGCCCCAGAGUGCAUCGAACUGAUCUUGAAACUCACAGGAGCGAAGCGCGGCGUUGUGCAUAAUGUUGCGUUUCGGAGGGAUCUGGCUACGAAGCAGACGGACUUAUCGUUCGUGCCGCCCAGAGGAGGAGCCAUGGACCAGGCGAUAGCGAAGCUUCCCAAAGAUCGACUAUUAGUCACCGGUCGAGAGGGCAAAGGUCCAAAUGAACCAGCCCGCCAAGCACAUGUCGACAUGACACUCGAGGGCUUCCGACGUACUUUCCGCGAAGCCCGCCGGGACAUCACAGCAGCAGCACAGCACAUCAUUGACGCGGAAGAACUCAAAGCUACCGGUCACGAUGUCAAGGUGCCACGAUACGCCAGUUACAGCGUGUGGCGUCCACUGAAGACAGUCAAGCGUGAUCCCAUCGCCGUCCUUGAUUGGCGUUCCGUCGAUAAAAGCAAAGAGAUUCAAAAGACCGAGAACCGAAUCCCGAGCGAGAUGAAUUCCUCUGGUGACUAUGUCAUCGAGGCCUUGACCGCCGUGCCUCCACAACAUCCUGAACAUCACCGAUGGUAUUAUGUUCCAGAGCAGAAGCCGGAUGAGGUUCUCAUCAUCAAGUUUGCAGACUCGGCUGCGGAAGAUAACAAGGAUAUCGCAGAGUUCUGCGUGCAUGUGAGCCCGGAGAUUCCCGGGACUGAGAAUGAGGAAUGUCGACAAAGCGUUGAGUGUCGGGUAUAUGCCUUUUGGGAAUGA